CAUGUUUGUACUAACUUAUCUGGGUAAAGAGAAAGCUGUUCCUUUAAACUGUGUUUGCUGUGACUCUGGAAACUGAGCAAACAAAAUCCGAGGGACACUUUACUCUCAAGCAAAACUGACAGAAAGGUACAAGGACUGAAGGACAGCGAACUCCUAUAGGACAUACCUGUCUCUGGAUUCACAACUGGAUUGAAAAUCACUAACAAUUUGGUGGAGUUUAAUUCAGACUUUUUGGACAUAUCUCAUCCAAAUGGCAAAGGAGAGACUGGCUCAGCCCCUGAGUGUCAGACUGCUACUUUGGUCUCCACGAGUUUCGGGGAAGUGUUUGCCUGCAAAGCACAUUCAGCUCUAAUUCAGAUAAAGCUGAUGGAGUUGUGGAGGCUACCUGACUUCUGCUGCUCUGCCGCUGAUCCACUGUCUCAGUUGCCAUAGAGACAAGCCAUGGACGAGCACGGGAGAGAAGGCACCCACAGGCUCUCCACUGGUGGGCUCUGGCAGGGCCAUUCUCAGCGGGUCCUAAGAGAGUCAGGUUCAGUCUCUGAAGGUGAGGAGGAGUCAGCAGGUGCUAACCCAGUGACACAAGAGGGGGACUUGCACACACAAUACAUUGCUAUUCAAAGAAACUCCAGGUACUACCGAUCCAUGAGGCUGCCGAACAGAGGGAAAAGAAAGACUUCGAGAGAGGCAAUGCACAUGCAGCAUGCUACAGGUUCACUCAAAAACUAUGAGCCCAUCAAAGAGCCUCUGAAUGUUUUGUCUCAUAAAGGAUCACCAUCUCCAGCAAACACUGAUCCAACAACAUUAGAUGAAUUAUUGAUCCAAAGGCUGCUGCCUUCCUACCCCAGUUACCGUGGCAACCGCCCGGGCUCCCCCAGCCCCGCACCGCCGCCGCCGCUGCCGCCGGAGCUGCUGGCCAGCCGCCUGCCGCCGCCCGCCAUGGAGCUGCUGGCCGCGGCCCUCAGCGCCGCCUGCGCCUUCGACCAGGACGGCUCGGCGGGACAGCCCGGCAGGGACCCCGCCGCCGCUGAGGAGACCCCCGCCGCCGGCACCGCCGAGGCACCGCCCGCACACCCCAUGACGGCCGACUCCUGGAGGAACCUCAUCGAGCACAUCGGGCUCUUGUACCAGGAAUAUCGAGAUAAAUCUACGCGUGAGGAGAUUGAAACUAGGCGAUUGCAAGAUUCACAGACGGACCCUGAGGAGACUUCACCCAGUGAGGAAACCCCAUCUGAAGCAGAACCCACAAGUACAAUCGAAAACAAAGCUCCACCACAAAUCAAUUUGCUGAGAAAUUCCAAUUCCAGGUUCAACUUAUGGCAGGAUCUUCCCGAGGUCCAGAACAGUGGUGUCCUCAGCAUCCUCCAACCAGAUGAGAUCAAGCUGCAGGAGGCCAUGUUUGAGCUGGUUACUUCUGAAGCAUCGUAUUACAAGAGUCUGAAUCUGCUGGUGUCUCACUUCAUGGAGAAUGAACGUUUGAAAAAGAUCUUACACCAGUCUGAGGCACACAUCCUCUUCUCCAAUGUACUGGAUGUCAUGGCUGUCAGCGAGCGCUUCCUGUUGGACCUUGAGCAGCGGGUGGAAGAGAACAUCGUGAUUUCAGACGUGUGUGAUAUUGUCUACCAGCACACAGUUAAUCACUUCUCUGUGUAUAUCACCUAUGUCUCCAAUCAGACCUACCAGGAGAGAGCCUACAAACAGCUUCUCCAAGACAAACCAGCCUUUCGGGAAGUGAUCUCACAGCUGGAGCUGGAUCCCAAGUGCAAAGGCCUGUCCUUUUCUUCCUUCCUGAUUCUGCCAUUUCAAAGGAUCACUCGGCUCAAGCUGCUGGUGCAGAAUAUUUUGAAGAAAGUGGAAGAGAAAUCUGACAGGGAAUCCACUGCCCUGGAUGCACAUAAAGAACUGGAAACAGUGGUGAAAGCAUGCAAUGAAGGUGUCCGGAAGAUGAGCCGAACAGAGCAGAUGAUCAGCAUCCAGAAGAAACUAGAAUUCAAGAUCAAGUCUGUACCCAUCAUCUCUCACUCCCGCUGGCUGCUGAAGCAGGGGGAACUGCAGCAAAUGAAUGGUCCGAAGACAUCACGAACGCUUCGCACCAAGAAACUCUUCAGAGAAAUCUACCUGUUCCUUUUCAAUGAUCUGCUGGUCAUUUGCCGGCAAAUUCCUGGGGACAAAUACCAAGUGUUUGACUCUGCUCCCCGAGGGCUUCUUCGGGUAGAGGAGUUGGAAGAUCAGGGGCAGAGUUUGGCCAAUGUCUUCAUCUUGAGGCUGCUAGAGAAUGCAGAUGACCGGGAGGCCAGUUAUAUGCUGAAGGCAUCAUCCCAGAGUGAAAUGAAGCGCUGGAUGAUUUCACUAGCCCCAAACCGGAGAACCAAAUUUGUUUCAUUUACAUCCAGACUUGUUGACUGUCCACAGAUCCAGUGUGUCCACCCAUACGUGGCCCAGCAGCCUGAUGAGCUCUCCUUAGAACUGGCUGACGUGCUCAACAUCCUGGACAAGACAGAUGAUGGCUGGAUAUUUGGGGAACGUCUUCAUGACCAGGAGAGGGGCUGGUUCCCCAGUUCUAUUGGGGAGGAGAUCCUGAACCCCAAAAUCCGAGCCCAGAACCUGAAGGAGUGUUUCCGGGUGCACAAGUCAGAUGACAGUCAGAGAAGGAAACUGGGCAGCAGAAACCGCCAAUGACCACCAGCAUCCCCAAGCAUCUGGAGUGCCUCAGAGAGGCAGAAGACAGAGGCUGCCAGCUGGGAGAAGGUGGCACCUGUGGGACAUUGUGGGGGACCUGGUGCACCAGACAAGGCACGCACACCCAUGAACAAACAGACUUGUUCCUAGGCCCCCCAGCAGCACCGGUCCUUUCCUGAAGAUCAGUGCUUUAAACUGUAAAAUAACCCUUUUCCAAGUGUUCUUUAAAGCCCCAAAGAGCAUGAGCUCAACAAACACUGCCCGAAGGUCACCGGUUGCUGGCCAGAUGAGCCACAUGUGCUGGCUGAAGCUGGCUCAGGCUGCUUGGGAAAGACAGUGGCCACAAACAACACUGAGCAAUCAAUAUUACUCAGUUUAAGCACUAACAGCUCAUUGCUACCUUCCAAGUCUGGAGUGCUCUGGAGUCAGCAUCUCACAAGGUUAGAAGUGAGCUCAAGCAGCAGUCUCAGCUGUCUCUCAGAGCUCACUGGCAGCAGGCUGGGAUGAGCCCCACCACCCUAGUCCUGCUGUGAAACUGCUGGACGCAUUCCCACAGGCAGACCCUUGAUCUGCUUCCAGUCAAAUACUCUGCAGUGCUCCACACUCAUCUCUCCUCCAGCAGCAGCCCAGUCUUGCCAGUUCUGACCCAUGUAUCUGCCUGCUUGACAACCUCGAAGCGUAUCUGGGCCCUGACCCAUCACUCAGCCCACUCUUCCACAGCCUGCUCUCCUUCUGCAGGGCCACUGCAGAACCCCAGCAUCUUGGCCUUUCCUGGUUGAUCGUGCACUUGUGGUCUUUGCUACUCCCUGCUGCUGAGGCCAGAGCAGGGGUGGCUGUGCCAGCACCAUCUCGCAUACCACAUGAACCACAGGAGCACCAGCAGCCCCAGCUGCCACACAGCAGGUGAGUGACCUUAGCUGGGAGCUGCUGUCCUGUGUGCUCGGGGAGGCCCCACAACUGCUGCCUGCAUGCUCGUAACCCACCCCCACCAGCCUCCCUGUACAGGCUCACCUCCAUGUAUAUAUACAAGUCUUGUGGCCAACAGCACCAGCUCAUCACUCCUUCCAGCUGUGGCACUGAGCAGCGCAUGAAGCCCUGAGCACAGCACUGAGAGCAGUGUGGGGGACAGAAGCAUGGCAGAAGCCCCUUGUUCAGCAGUCCCACACAUGGCUGAGGGCCUCUCGGCCACAAACUGGGCCAAGCAGUGGCUAGCAUCCAUUAGGAAAAUCAAAUAUUUGGCACCUUUCUGUAACAUGGCAAAGGAUUUUCUUCCAGGCAUUGUAGCCUGUGCUGAUGUAUGCCCUGGCCAGGCCAUGGUUGUGCUCAGAAAGGGGACAAAGAGCAGCUGCCAACAGAGCCACACAGCAGCCAUGGGCAUGGACAGGAGGAGCACAGCCAUGCCAGCAGGAACAUGGGGAGAAAGUAAGACACCAGGAAGCUGUGAAGGGAGGCUACAGACCUGCUCUUUGGACCACAUGGGGUGUGCAGUGUGGGGCCAAAGCAAGCUAAGGUGGGUUCCAGGGCUGUCCCUGCUGACACCACAGCCCUGGGACAGCCACCCCAGAGCCAGCACUCAGGACCAAAGUGAUGGGAGCCACAGCAGUGAAGGGGGAGAGAAGGCAUUAGUCACUCAGGCCCAGAUCAGUGCCACCUCAUCAGCAUAUGACAACAACCACCUGUGCUGCUCUGGCCACCUGUGGGAAGUUCAUUCUAGCCAGAAGUUUGCAGUCACCAGUCACUGCCCAGCCCCAGAGCUGAGCCAAGAAGGACUUGCAGCCUCCAAGUGGUGCACUGGGCAGAUUUAAUGGAGACACCCUAAGCCAGGUCUCUUCAGCAGCACGCCACAUUCAGCUUUCUGAAACAACCAACCCUCCAGCUCAGGAUCCAAACCUUGCAACAACCACAAAUUCACCAGAGGAGCUCCAGCUCUAAGAAUUCCUUGAAAUUACCUGAGAAAUCACCACAUCUCACAUCAUCCAGCUUUGCAGCCCAGCAGCCAGUGCAGUGCCUGCAGCCCCACAUGCCUGCCUGGCAUGUUCCCCACAACCCAGAAAUGCUCUCUUGCCCAUCUGAUGUUUCACCAGUUCCCCAGUGCCAGGCUGCCAGCUCCUCACUGCACUUCUCCAGGGAGAGGGGCUCAGUGCUGCUGUGCCCUGUCCCAUCUCUCGCCACCAAGCCCUGGGAUUACUCCAGCCCCUCCUGCUCUGCAAUUCCAUAGGACUCCAGCAUAGGCUGUGCCAUUUUCAGGCACUGAAUGGCAUCCAGUGUUAUUUCCUCAGACCCAGCUCUGCACGCCUCCAUCUCAGUGGUGUCCAGUGUUGUACAGGGUCAGGCCUGGGGCCCACAAGCACAGGCUGGAGCCCCCCAGCCCUUGCUAAGCUGCCUCAACGAACUGAGGGGAACUUCUUGUUGUGUCGUUUCUCUGUGUGAUAAAAUGUAGCUGAGCAAGCCAGCACCAAAACA